AUGGAGAAGAACGAGGUCAUGUAUGAGACGCACCAAGUGGUCGGCGGCUACCAGUCCACCGUCAGGAUGCCUGGACUGCCCGACGAGUGGGGCGCGCAGAUCUGGGCCGGGGAGGUAACCUUGAAGAAGCAAGACUCGGAGCAGAGCGCGGCCCAGAUUGCCCUGGACGCCCUGCGCGCCGACCCGGGGCUCAUGGCCGCGCACAACGCCCCGCAGAAGCCGAAGAAUUGGUCGCCCCAUGGAUGCAAAGGCCGUGGCCGCGGCGUCCUGAAGGGUGGCAAGGGCUUGCAGGUCGACCCGAGCUUCGCGAAUCAGUGGAACGCGGCGGCCGCCGCGGCGCCCUGGUGA